ACCCCCACUCUAAAGUUUUGCAUUAAAAAACAGCCAUACUCUCGCUCACAUACACCCUCCCUAGAGUCGCCAAACACGAAACAAAUAAUGGCUGACCCGUGUGUCGUUAUUGCGUGCAGUUAUCGAAGAUUAUAUUUGCAUCGUAAUCUCGAGUGACGUUCUAUCCCGUGUGCGUCAGGUACAUCAUUAUUUUUUCCUCGUGCAUAAACCUCGAUAAAAACAAAAUACCUCCGUACUCUGUCUGGGACGUGUGUUUUUCCCACUGUUUUUGUCAAGUAGAGGGAAAAAAGGGAAAGGAGGAGAAAAGCAUUUUUUUUCCUCAAGAGGUGCCCCUCGGUCACACAACGAAGAAAAAUCCAUUGUCCGGUGAUAAUUGCCGCCGGUUCGUCGGACUGUCGUGCAUUUAACCAAGUCAACAGUGUUAUCUUGACUCUUGAGGAUCAAUCAACCUUGGCGUUCAUAAUCGUGGGAAAAUACUUUACAACACACUUUGACAUUGUGAAUCCCCUCUCCAUCCUUGUUUGUUGCAUACGGUGAAGAUGAUGUUUCAUCCCACUAGUGUGACAAUAAACAAUGCACAGAGACGACAGCAUACGCAAGUUGAGACAAGACGUGCGUACCACACAUUGGGCUGGUGUUCUUGCGAUUGUCAGUGAUGUUGGAAAUCUGACUCAUUCAUGAUAGGAUUUAUCGCAGUAUUUUUUAGUCGUUGUCAAGUGAUUUAGAAAAGCUUAAUCAUCAAUCAUGGUGCACAUACCGAGCGCUUAUACCUAUGAUUUUUGGGCUAAGACACCCACUGAAAUCGUGGAGUUGACGUGUCUUAUGCCAAAUGGUGUUGUCAUACCACUCGAGACCAAUCGGAACACAACUCUUGCGGAAAUCAAAGAGGAAUUAUGGGAUGAAGCGAGUAAGUAUCCGCUUCAUGGUACCCUCCGGGAUGCCCCAUCGUACCUAUUCUCCUGCAUAAACUCAAAUGCCGAGCCCGAAGAGCUACGAGAUGAGACUCGUCGUCUUUGUGACAUAAAACCUUUCUGCUCUGUACUCAAAGUGAUCGAGCGUGAGGGAGUCAAGGGAGACAGAAAUCUGGAUUCCCAGAUUGGUCUGUUGAUUGGCAAGGGUCUCCACGAGUUUGUAGCCCUAAAGAACUCGGAGGUCAAUGACUUCAGGUGGAAAAUGAGACUGCUGGGGGAUGAAAUUGCUCUCGCAAGGCAAAAGCAACAGUGGGAGGAGAAAGUCCACUAUCAGUAUCCUUCGAGGCUCGCUCGAACUCCUGCCAUCCCCAAGAACAUCGAAUCCAGAUUAAAGGAUGGGAAUAUUGUACUCGUUACCAAGUUUGAGAAUACAGAGGUGACAUUUACUUUUCAAAUAUCUCACGAUACAACCCCUUAUCAACUGAUCGUCCUGAUCCUGAAUAAGCGCGCAAGCAGACAGAUAUCUCGCGGUGAGAGAGAAGUUGCGACUGACUUCAUCCUAAAAGUCUGCGGUCAAGAAGAGUAUUUAAUCGGUGAUUAUCCACUGAUACAAUUCAGCUACAUCCAAGACUGUCUCGCUCGUGAUGUCACGCCAACACUAGUGACGAUGGGUAUGGAGAGUGUAGUUGUCCAUCAUGACAAUCUCUUUGAGAAUCCCGAUUUGGAUAGUUUGAAACGACCCAGACCCACAUUUUCUACUUUGACAUUGAGAAAAAAGGGAAAACACAUUUCGGCUUGGAAAAUCGACGAUCAUUUCGUGUUCGAUGUUAAUGGAAUAUCGAAACUCAAUUGCGAUGCUGCACAUCGUGUUGUUGAAGUUGGAUUACAAGCCGGUCUGUUCCAAGGUGGUAAAUCCCUGUGCGAGAGUCAGAAAACCAAAGAAAUAGUCGUCAAUUUAGACGGUAGUUGUAACUGGGAGGAAACUCUCAGAUUCGACAUUAAAGUUAGAGACAUACCACGCAACGCACGUUUAUGUUUUGUACUUUACGAAUUGAGUAAGACUGCCAAGGGCCUCAAAAGUCGACGAGUGCUCAAAGAUUCCAAACAAGACUAUUUUAUAAAUCCACUGUGUUGGGCAAAUACAACAGUUUACGACUUCAAAUCACAGCUUAAAACCGGCGCAAUGACACUCUAUACGUGGACUGAUGUAGAGGACAUGCAGAAUGAUGAUCUACUACAUCCCUUGGCCACCGUCGUUUCCAACCCUGAUAUUGAUCGUGCUGCUGCACUAAUGCUAACAUUUCCCAAUUAUGGAAAAGAUAAGUCUGUGCUCUAUCCAACACCCGAAAAAGUUGUGGAGUAUGCAGCAAAGUUUCGGGAAUCUUCAGAGGAACGUAUCAUAGCAGAGGAGCCCAACCAAGACUCUGAGGCCAAUAAAUUGCAGCAUCUGGAGUUGCUGAAAAGUCUUGCAGACAGAGAUCCUCUUCACGAACUUCACGAGCAAGAACGUAAGACUAUGUGGGCUCUCAGACGUCACUGUCUCCACGAGAUCCCCACGUUAUUGGCCAAACUGUUACAUUGUGUUGAGUGGAAUGACCACAGAGAAGUGGCAGAGGCAACAGCUCUCGUCCACCAGUGGCCGAAACUUCCAGUGGAGCGUGCCCUGGAACUCCUGGAUUACGCCUACGCUGACGGAUCAGUGCGUUCCUUCGCUGUUCGUUGCCUGAAAGACGUAACUGACGACGACCUAAGUCUCUUCCUCCUUCAACUGGUCCAAGCCUUAAAGCACGAGAACUACCUCUCCUGCGACUUGACCGAAUUCCUGCUUCGAAGGGCCCUGAAUAAUCAACGAAUAGGACACUUCCUCUUCUGGCAUCUGCGAUCCGAAAUGCAUGUGGGUUCAGUCUCAGUGAGAUUUGGAUUGAUUCUGGAGGCCUACUGCAGGGGUAGUCAGCAGCACAUGAGGAUUCUCUUCAAGCAGAUGGAGUGUCUAGACAAAUUGAGGACAGCCUCUGAACAGGUCAAAGGGAAGAAAGAUAGAAAAGCAGCGCUCCAGGGUUUUCAGGAUUACAUCCAAGAGCCUCACUGCCAGGAGGCUCUCUCCAAUGUACUCAACCCUUUGGACCCUAGCUUUAGAUGGAAGAGAGUGAAAAUCGACAAGUGCAGAGUGAUGGACAGCAAAAUGAGACCAUUGUGGCUGGUCUUCGAAAACGAUGAUCCCUUUGGAGAAGAUAUCUAUCUCAUCAUGAAACAUGGAGAUGACCUGAGACAGGACAUGUUGACCCUCCAAAUGCUCAGAAUAAUGGAUAAACUUUGGAAACGUGAGGGAUUGGAUUUCAGGAUGAAUCCUUAUCGAUGCAUCUCUACUGAGAACAGAGUGGGGAUGAUUCAGGUAGUUCUGAAUGCUGAAACAAUAGCCAAUAUUCAGAAGGAGAAGGGAAUGUUCUCGGCGACUGCUGCCUUCAGACGGGGAUCUCUUCUCGCUUGGCUAAAGGAUCAUAAUCAUACUGAGGCAACGCUCAAUAAAGCUAUUGAAGAGUUCACCCUGAGCUGUGCUGGAUACUGUGUGGCCACGUAUGUCCUUGGCAUCGCUGAUCGACACUCCGAUAAUAUCAUGGUGAAGAAGACUGGACAACUGUUUCAUGUCGAUUUUGGACAUAUUCUUGGCCAUUUCAAGGAAAAAUUUGGCUUCAGACGUGAACGCGUACCGUUUGUGAUGACUAAUGACUUUGUUCAUGUUAUUAAUAAGGGGCAGACGAAAAAAGGACAGGCAGUGGAGUUUCAAAUAUUCCAGAAUUAUUGUGAGAAGGCGUUCUUGAUUCUGCGGAGACACGGCGGACUGAUUCUUUCACUUUUUGCUAUGAUGAUAUCAACCGGCCUUCCGGAAUUGUCGUCUGAGAAGGAUCUCAAUUACUUGCGUGAUACUUUGGUGCUUGAAAUGUCGGAGAGUGAGGCCCAGAAGCAUUUUAGGAAUAAAUUCGACGAGGCCCUGUGCAAUUCCUGGAAGACCUCGUUAAAUUGGGCUUCACACAAUAUGGCAAAGAAUAAUAAAACGACAUAAGAAUAAUUAGUAAACAAAAAAGAAAUAACGUGGUAAGACUGCAAGUGCUCAGAAAUUACUAGGAUUAUACGACUGAGAGUGUGAGGAUUCGAAAGUGAUGGAAUUUGUGAUGGAACAUUGUGAGGAACUUUUUUUUACUUUUUGGUUGUUGAAGAAAUUCUAAAAUUAAGAUGGAUUCAGAAAUGUGAUAAUUGAAAGCAAUAUGUACUCACAUUCACUUCUUCAAAGGAAAAAAAAUACCUAGACAUACAUUUUGUAAAAUAGUUAAAACUAAUAAUGAAAUUUUGCAUGAGGCUCUGCUUGAAAAUAUCAUACAUAACUUGAGGCAUUAAUAAUUUCAAAUUGGAUGAGGAAGAGUCUUAACGCUUUGUAAAUUUGCUGAUUUAUUCAGAUCUUCUUUUCAAUUAAAAGAGGAACUGAGAGAUACAGUACAAUAAAGCAUAGGCAUCAAUUCCAAUAUCCAUUGAAUAGACCAGUGCCAAGAAAACGAAUAUAUACAAUCAUUGAAUAAUAUUGCUCCAAUUAAUGGGUCAGUAUUGUCCACAUAAUCAGGCAUGCAAUUGCUGCUAUCUGCAUAGUAAAAUGAACAGUGACCGUGCACAGUAACAGCACCUGAUUAUUUUGGUUCAAAUAAUAUUUGUCUAAUAAUACAAUUCGUUCGAAGAGUGCUUGGUCGAGUUUUUAUCAAAUAACACAGAAAUAAAUAUAAAUACAAACAAAACACAACAGAAAUAGACAGCAGAUGAUGAGAUUAACAAAGUGGUAGGUCAUUGAAAGAAAGACGUCAGAAAUCCACAUCAGCAUUGGUUAUUCGGACUAUUGGUAUUCACAAAGAUCCGAAUGGUCUUCUAUUCCAUAGACGAAUCAGUGAAUAGAUUAAUCAUGUCAACUGUGAAUUUUUUUAUGAUUAUUUUUCCCACCCAAAUUUCAGCCAAUAGAAUUGCACCAUUUGUUGAUAUUUUGUAUAGCCUACCUCGAAUAUCAGCGAUUAUUUUUCCCAUCCAAAUCUUGGCCAAUAGGAUUGCACCAUUCGACGUUAUUUUGUAUAGUCAACACGGUAUUUCAGCGGAUAUUCUUGAAAAUUACACUGGAAAUUUUGCAUGUUGAUAUAUAUAAAAAAAAACAAAUGUUGAAGUAACCCUCAAUUGUAUCUGACAGAUUAAAUGGCAAUUCGUUGAAAAUUAUGUCUCAUGGUGCAAUUCUAUCGGCCAAGAUUUGGAUGCAAAAAAUAAUCCCCCGAAUACCACUCGAACUUCGAAAUUAUCUGAUAUUUCCCUCAAGGUUCCCUACAAAUAAAUAAGCUUGUCAAGUUUUCCAGAAAAAUCACUCGCGCUUCGCGCUCGUGAUUUUUAGACUGGAAAACUUGACACGUUCAUUUGUUUGCAACGAACCUAUCGGGAAAUAUCCGAUAAUUUCGGAGCUCUUGUGGUAUUAUAUGCGAUAAUUUUUUGAAUAUUUUGGUAAACAAACGACACCUAACCAAAUAAACCUCUUUUCAUGUCAUGGCACAAUUCUCUUGGCCGAAAUUUGGAUAGGAAAAAUAAUCCCCUGAAUACCACUCGAGCUUCAAAAUUAUAGAAUAUUUCCCUCUAGGUUCCCUGCAUACAAAUGAAGUCGUCAAGUUUUUCAGGAAAAAUCACUCGUGCUUCGCACUCGUGAUUUUUUAGCCUGAAAAACUUGACUCCUUCAUUUGUUUGCAACGAAUCUAUCGGGAAAUAUUCGAUAAUUUUGAACCACUUGUGGUAUUAUAUGUGAUAAAAAUUUUGAUGCGGGGGAGUGUCAUUGGACAAAUAUAUAAUAGACCAAGAAUAACAGGACAAGUUACACAGGACUCAUUGGGUGAUCACGGUUGUGUCCGCUUGGUUCACUUGUUGAUUCUUUUAUCUCUAUAACUAGAUUAAAUCUGAUCGCGAAUCACGCUUUCGAGACUGAUACUCUGAAUUUUAUUGAAUAUAGAUUAAUCUAAAAAAGAUUAUUUCUCUCGUUUCCAUAGAAUUUAAUGAGCAAUUGAGUGGAGAAGAGGUAAGAUGAGAUCCUUUUGGAGAAAUGUCUCAUUUCAAUUGAGAUUUUAUGUGCCUCAUUUCAUCUCUUCAUCGCUUAAUCAAAAGUGUGCUAAACUAUUUGAAUUCAUGGAAUCGAUGAAUUUCCUGCGGGUGUUAUUUUCACAGAAAAGCGAGGAAAUAAAUAAUUAGUAAAGUAUAGUUAGACACAAGUGGAGUAAAUCGAGAGUGUGAGAAAUGUUAUGCGAUUCAUUGUCAAUCUGUUUAUCUUUAGUUGAUCAAUUUGUUUUUUUGGUUGUUCUUCAAAAUUUUUUUUCUUUACAUAUUGACUGAAAAUUGUACAGAUGUGAUUGAUUUUUGGAAGUACGCAGAUUAUGGGAUCAUAAUUUCUUUAGCUUUGGUCACAAUGCAACCAUCGCAAUGCAAUCGAUAAUACAAACAAGUACAUAUUAACACUAUAAUUACUAUUAACUCUGAAUUAGUAGCGCUGUCAUGAUCGUCUACUGUCACAUUAUCAUCAUUACUAUUUAAUAUUCAUUGAUUAAAGCAAAAAUGUACUAUUUAAUUGAUCAAGUUCAGUAGCAAGUUUUCCUAUAGGAAAUAUUGAAUAAUUUUUUUUUUGUUUCUGCAAGUCACACCUGUAAAAUCGCUCACAUUUUUCAAUAUAGUUUCAUUUGUUGAAAGAGGGGGAAGUUACGUUCGUCCAUCGAAUUUAAUUUCGUCCAUCCGCUUAUGUACGAAUAUUUGCGGUAUUAGUUUAAUUUGUUGAGGUACAGUAGGGUUAAUUGAUGAUUUGACGCAAUCGUUAGAUUUGAAUUUUUUGGAGGGAGAGGAGUAGGAUGACGUAUGUUUAGAGGGACAAUUUCAAGCUUUCAAUAAAUCAUUUUUUUGUUUAUACUUGUAAAAAGUGAAUAGUAAUAAAAAUCAUUCAAUCACGA